CGCGGGCAGAGCAGGGCGGGACAAGGUGGAGCCAGCCUGCCCGCGCGUCCAAGUCUGGCCUCGGUGGCUCCAGCGCACGUGAUCUGUCGUCGUCUCCCACCCGCGCCAUGACCCAGCCUGUACCCCGGCUCUCUUUGCCUGCCACGCUGGCUCUAGGCUCGGCCGCGCUGGGUGCCGCUUUCGCCACUGGCCUCUUCCUGGGUGAGCGGGGUCCGGCCGGCCUCUUCCUGGGGAGACGGUGGCCCCCGUGGCGAUUCCGGCGACAGCAGCGCCUACUUCCCCCAGAAGACAGUCCCCUCUGGCAGUAUCUGCUGAGCCGCUCCCUAAGGGAGCACCCGGCGCUACGGAGCCUGCGGCUGUUGACUCUGGAACAGCCGCGGGGAGAUUCCAUGAUGACCUGUGAGCAGGCCCAGCUUCUGGCCAACCUGGCGCGACUCAUCAAGGCCAAGAAGGCACUGGACCUGGGCACUUUCACGGGCUACUCUGCCCUGGCGCUGGCCCUGGCGCUGCCCCCCGCCGGGCGCGUGGUGACCUGCGAGGUGGACGCAGGGCCCCCGGAGAUGGGGAGGGCCCUGUGGAGGCAGGCCGAGAUGGAGCACAAAAUCGACCUGCGGCUGAAGCCAGCCCUGGAGACCCUGGACGAGCUCCUGGAGGCGGGCGAGGCCAGCACCUUCGACGUGGCCGUGGUGGACGCGGACAAAGAGAACUGCGCAGCCUACUACGAGCGAUGUCUGCAGCUGCUGCGCCCCGGAGGCGUGCUCGCCAUCCCUAGAGUAAGGGCUAGGCCGGGGCAAAAAGAAAACACCCACUCCAGGCUGGGUCCCUGCCUCUGCCCAUGGCUCCUGCCUGUGUCCCAAAGACCCCCUCUCGCCACCCUCCGGCAGAGUCCCAGGCUUUCCCCCACUGGAGUCCUGGGUCUCCCCACCCCCUGCUCCAUCACCUCCCCGAGGUCCCGCCUCCACGGCUGGUUGGCUCCGCCCCUCCACAGGUACUUUGGCAUGGAGCGGUGCUACAUCCUCAGCAAGGGGACACCGAGGCUGAGCGUGUGCGAAACCUAAAUGAGCGCAUCCGAAGGGACGCCAGGGUUUACAUCAGCCUCCUGCCCUUGGGCGACGGCCUCACCUUGGCCUUCAAGAUCUAAGGCUGGCCUCUAGCUAGUGAGCUCAUGGGAGGGAACCUGGGAACCUGACCCUCAGCUUUAAAUCCUGUAAUAAAGUGGGGUUGGACAUAAUGUCCUGAUUUUCCUCCCUGUAUGGCACUGAAUGGAGGUGGGGAGAAGUUUUAACACAAGUAGCUUCUUCAGUGAAAGGGAACCUUGAUGUCUCAGCCCCAUGUGGUGACCAGAGGCCCCAGUCGCUCAAGCUUGCCUCCCCCUCACAGGGUCUGAGAGUUAGACGCAAAAUACAUCCUCUCUUCGUCCCAUUCCCGUCUCCCUCAAGGACAGGUGAAAUUCCUGGUACAGUGCAGCUGGGACUGGUGGGGAGACCUCAUCUGGGAACUGACAAUGUGAGAAAGAGAACUUGCAGGGGACCAGCACUGCCAAAGGUACUCCUAAGUUAUGCCAGUUCUGCUGGCCAUUUGCCCACAUUUUCACGGAAAUAUCAGCUUCCCCACCUUACCUCUAUAGUGGAAGCCCUGGUCAGUGACCAUCACCUCUGAGAACCUGGCCACCUGGGCUAGACCUGAGAACCUCAAGGUUGGCUUGACUAUAUAUCUUAAUUUUCCCCUUAAGUCCUGAAGAUAAGGGGACUGCUGUCCAAAACGUGAAGCAAACAGGCCUGUGGGUAGCAGACCUUCAGUAUUACAAUUUUAAACACAUUUCCCAGAGGACAGAGAACUUGAGGUUUUCCAGCAAGCUAGUUUAAAGGCGAGGUGAAAAGGCAGUUAGGCUUUAGGCAGGAGCUUCAAGCUAGAUUCUUUGCUUCUUUCAUUCAAAUAUCCCCAAUCCACAGGAAGAUCUUAUCUCCAAGACAAAUGAGUCAGGUUCUUUCUACUAACCUCAAGACCUCAGGCAAAAGCUUUGCUGCCACCUGAUAAGACCUGUUGGUGGAACUGCACGUAAAGACUGCGGGAAGCAGUUACAGGAGCUGCAUGAACCUACAGCUGGAGAUUUUCAUAAUCCCACAGCUCCAGGAUUUACCUUGCAAUCUGCACAAACCUCAGGGCCCUAGAUAUUACACCUACCCUCUUCUCUACUCAUAAAAGCUGAUUAGGAUGCACACAGGUGACUGUAACUCAAACCUGUGUGCACUGCAGUCCAGAUGAGUGAACCAGAUGAACUCUGAAUGUGACAGAAAACCCAAUGAUUAGCUGAGGAGUAGCAGGUCAUUUAGAUUUCAGGGAGCAGCAGGACCCCUAGCCAGAUUUCCUCCCUGCAGGUCUCGGUUGUCUCCUGAGUACAAGUGUUGUUUUCAUAUGUAGCAUGCAUGGAUACCUUUUCAUUUUCUUACCUAGCAAUAGGUCUAACUCAAGUUCCAACCUCCAACCUGCUCCCACACCUCUAAGAGGUGUGUCUGGGGAGACAGCCUUUUGGAGAGUCCAUCCUGAUUUACUUGGGCCACUCCAGUCAAUUCCCCAGGACAAACAAGUGGGAUCUAUUUCAGUCAGCUUUUUCACUGUUGUGACCAAAAGACCUGACAAGAACAAUUAGAGUAGAAAAAGUUUAUUUGGGCUUCAUGGUUUCAGAGGUCCUUAGUCCAUAGAUGGCUGACUCCAUUCUUUGGGGCCUGAGGUUUGGUAGAACAUCAUGGCUAAAGUAUGUAGGAGAAGGAAGCAUCUGGGAGCAUCACACCAGGAAGCAAACCGCUCUCCUCACAAAAUACAAGCACCAAAGGCGUGCCCCCAGACCCACCUUCUCCAGCUACACCCUACCUGCUGUCAGUUACCAGUUAAUCCCAAUUAUAACCCAAUCAUUUCACCUCUAAACUUUCCUGCAUUGUCUCACACACAAGCUUUUGAGAGACACCUUAUAUCUAAACCAAACAAACCAGAAGAGGCCUCUUGUCCCCCCUCCAUAUGGAGAGCUUGCUUGAAUUCUACUAUCAGAUUCUGCUCAACCUGCAAGUUUUUAGUAUGUUAUCAUUUCUUGAAUGAGUCCCAAAGUACUCCAUUUUCUUUAGGUUUUGUAUUUAGAUGUGUUCAACAAAUUUCCCCUUCUCUUACCUUCUUAAUCCUUCAAACUGUCACCUCUCAUCACAAAACUUGUUCUUUCGACUUUUCCAACCAUAAUCACCCAUUAACAUCAACUAUUCAUGCCCAGAUGAAGGCCAAGGGAAUUGCCCUUAUCUCACAGUUCAAUCCAGCUUUCCAGUCAUCACUCCUUCCCACUAGGGCCCAUAUGCUUCCUCUCUCUCAGCGGUUAAGGUUCUGGAUACUCCACUUCCCAACCCACUGAUUUAGGGCUGCAGCACUGCUUGCAAGAUAACCAAUUCCACUAGAAACCAGCAAACAAGUAAUUGUCUAAAUAUUUAAAAUACAGUUCUUGUUUAGGUCAUCCUUGAUCACCUUCUUGUGGGAGAAAAAACCCUGCUGGUCACAAUGGCAAUAUAUUUAGGUCAAGUCUUCUGGUUCCCAGAGGUUUCUUUCAGUUGGAUUAAGCCUCCAAUUCCAGGGUCAGCCCAAGUUGAUUUUCUGCAGCAAUAGCUCACAGCGGCACUGGGGUGUGUGUGUAUAACCUUUCAGCACCACCCCUACAUUUUCCUGUCUUCAUCACUUACUCUCUCCCACCACUCCUGGAGUUAACAAUGAACCAAUGUAAUUCUGCACAAACUCAGAAACUAAUGAGUGUGACUGUGUGUAACCUCUUAUUUUAUUGUAGUCUCAAAAAGCUCCUGGAAUUAAUUCUAGAGGCACAGAGGACUUGUGGCACAGAGUUAAGAGCAAAAUGCUCACCAGAAAAAUAAAGUAUUGGCUAGAUACCAGGGCGAUUUGAUCCUAGCUGGCAAAUUUUUAACUGCAAAUACUUGGAGCCAUGAAUUAUGUAUACUUGUUUUAUUCAUAAUUUGUAAUGUUCUGGGAUACCAAAAGUAAUUCUAAUGAUGGUUGAAUUUAACAAAAAAAAUCUUUACCCUCAUCUUAAAACAUCCACUGAUCCAUCUGAUUCAAUGGCAAUAUUCAAUGUUAAAGGGAACAUAAAAACAAACAUGCACACAAUUGCACAGUUUUCAUAAAGGUCUAUUUCAUUAUUGGUGUGUAGCGCAUUUAACAGUUAAAUACAUUUAAAUAAUGUAUAGGUGACUGCAUGACUGCAGCAUUGGUAACUAGAUAACCAAUUCAACUAGAAACCUGCUAACAAGUAACUGUCUAAAUAUUUAAAAUACAGCUCUUGUUCAGAUCAUCCUUGUUUUGAUCACCUUCUUGGGGGGGGGGGGGGAAGCCUGCUGGUCACAAUGGAAAUAUAUUAAGGCCAAAUCUUCUGAUAUCCAUUCCCAGAGGUUUCUUUCAGCUGGAUUAAGCCUCCAAUUCCAGGGCAAGCCCAAGUUUGUGGCCUCCAGCAUUAAUGCUCUUCCCGUCUACCAGAGCUGACAGCGUAAGCUUCACACCUGUGAACAAAGCAAACCAUUAUGAGGGGUGCGCAAAAGUUCACUUCUAAUUACCACACAGAGCCUGGUUGUAAAACUUCCUCAGCCUGCAGCUGACCUACUAGUUCCAGCCACCAGAGGGCGCCUGGAAGCAUCCAGGUACUGAGAGUUGGAUUAGGUUAGUAAUGCACUAUCAUGGGAUAAGGUAUCAAGUCACAGAACAUAAAACGUUAGUAACAAGUUCAAAGUGUUCUAGAAAAUAUAAUAAUGCUCAUACUACCCAGACCAAAAUAUACUGGAGAGAUCAAAUCAUAAUAGGACCCCAGAAAGGAUAAACGAGACAUGUGGGGACAAGUGAGGAAACCUGAACAUAGUUUCCCUCUUAGGUAAAAUACAGUCUUAGAUAUGAUGGUGUUAUAGUUACGAAGAAAAUGUCUUACUCUUAGGCACACACGACAGGGUUGUGCAUCUACAUGUCUGCAGAACACUAUUUAAAAACAUAUGCCAAAAAAGGGAUUAAGUUUAUGAUGAAAGCGGUAAAUGUCAGCAACAGGUUGGAAAUACAGAACUCCCCAUCCCAGACCUAUUUGAAGAAACCCCAUCAGACUGUAUUUGAAGAAACCCUUCCAAGUCAAUCAAGUGCAUGCUCAAGUCAUAGAAGUGCUGCUAUAAAAAACAGCAAGGUACAAAAUUCUAUGUAAACAAGACUACAGAGACAGCCAAAGCAAUGAAUGAACUUGGACAAAAUAAAAAUUACUACAUCUCAGAUACAAGCGACAAAACUGAACAGGGAAUGCAUAUUAAAUAAUGAGUCACUGCUGUCUUAUUUGUGACAAAAGUAUUGUGGUUAUGCAGAAUGUUAUUCUGAGAAGCAAAGGAAUAAUCUUCUAAAUGCUUGAAAGAUCUGCAAAUUAGAAAGCUGAGAAAUGAAAAUUAACUUUUAAAAUACUAUCAAGUUGGAUAUGGUGGCACAUACCUGUAAUCUCAGCAACUCAGGAGACAAAGGAUCACCAAGUUUAAGGCCUGUUUCAGCAAUUUAGUAAGACCCUUAGUAACUUAGCAAGACUUUGUCAGAAAAAAAAGGGGGGUGGAAGGAAAGAGGGUGCUGGGGAUAUAACUCAG